AUGUCCGGCUGGUGCCUUCCGAACCCCGCUGCGGUCACUUCGGAGAACUUCAGCUCGACUCCUCUCAAGCUGAACGAGACGAAAUUUGUCCAAAUUCCGAACUUCAAAGUGGGAGACGGCGUCCUUCCUGAAGACGACGACACGUACUCCUUGCUGUCCCCGAUUUACCACGAUAGUUACGAGAGUGGUGAUGAUGAAGACGACGAUAUCAGCGCCACUCAGGAACCUCCCAGGUAGGAGGAGGAGGAAGCUCCCUCAGAGCAGAUAGAACCCGAAAGCCUCACUCCCUGGGAAAUGUGGCUGUUAAACAAGGCUAAAGAAGACAAGAUUAAAAUCAAAAAGAAACUAGAGGAGGCGCAUUUCCUGAAAGAAAAAGAAGCAAGAGAAGAAGUGGAACGCAAACAGAAAAAGAUGUUGGAAGAAAAAAAAAUCCGAGACUGGCAGAAGCUCAAAAAAGAACAGGAAAAACAGGAUCAGCUUGUGAAAACCACCAAAGAAGAAACCGAGGCGCGACUUCGGGAGGAAAAGCAAAGAGAGACUGAAAAGAAAGCGCAACAGAAGUACAAAGACUGGUUGCACAAGAAGAACCAAGAGAGGCUGGAAAAAGAGAAGAAGCAAAAAGAGCAAGCGAGUCUGAAGGAGGAACAAGAGAAGGAACGUCGACGGAAAGCGGAGCAGACUUUUAAGGAAUGGCUUGCCAAAAACAACGAGAAAUUGAAAGCGAGUCCCAAAACGCCUUGUUCGAGUCCUUUCGUAUUCCACCCGCCGCCCAGCUUUUACAACCCCAUUCCGUGGAAGCCCAUUCACACGCCGCCUCCGGAUUCGUCUCUCGACGACCAACCGGUGCAGAAGUCUCAUAAACGAAGAGGACAAUCCAGCUACAGUGCCGCAUACAGAAUCUCACGCGGCACGUAUAGGUGA